AUGAAAGAGGUUGUUAAUAAAAAAGACAAGGCAAAGAAGGUUGUUGGUAAAAAAGGCAAAGCAAAAGAGAUUGUUAAUGAAAAAGUCAAGACAAAGAAGGUUAUUAAUAAAAAAGAUAAGGUAAAAGAGGUUAUUAAUAAAAAAAGCAAAACAAAUAAUGUUGUUGAUGAAAAAGGUAAUGGGAAGGAGGUUGUUGUUAAAAAAGAAAAGGCAAAAGAGGUUGUUGAUAAAAGAAAUAGAAAGAUAAAAAUUAGUAUAUAUCAAUUUUCUAGUAGUAAAAAAUACAAUGCUCUAUAG